AUGAGCCAUUUCCCGGCAGGUGAAGUCGCACGUCGGUCUCUUCCACGCAAACAGUCGACCCGACGCCUUUCGCAAUUCAACCAUUUGAGCUCAUCCGAAGGAAUCCCUAGUGAGCACAGUUCGCUCUACGAUGCUGCACCCUUGUCGCCAUCCCUCCAAGCUCGAGGGUGGUCUUUGUCUUCCGAGACUGAGACGGAAGAUGAUCUGCACAAGUCGCAAAGCUUCCAAGGGGCAGGAGAUGGAAUACAACUAGACCCGGCAAAACAUGUUGGAACGAGGCUUUUCACCAUCAUGGAGCAAAGGAGCGUUCCAAGCCUUAAGACGACGCCGUCAAGAUGGGAGUUGCAGCGGCGGGUGUUCUCGCUGCAACCCAAGCUAUCCGCAGAAACGGCUCAAGCUCGUCACUCAAGAAUGUCGCGGCGGCGUUGUUAUUCAGCCGACGACAACAUUGCCCACAUGAGUAUACGUAAGAGCGACACCUCCAUCGAGCCGUCAAGCGGAGCCGUUUCGGAAUCGCAGAGUCCGAGUCGUCAUCACGCAUCAGCCCUUGCUCUGGCAGUAGAGCCUCCAUUCCAACCACCUAGACGUAUGACAACACCGACGGGUCUACCAAGGUGGCCCGGUGAGAUAGAUCACGAUCAGCUGGCCGUCCGUCAACUCACAGUGAGAACAUCAAGGCGUGAUCUCUUGCUGGAAUACCUGCGCCGUCCCCCAUCGCGGCCGAAGCUCAAAGAAGUCUUGCGAGGUGAACGGACAACCACAUUCGAUAGGGCUGUCAGGACUGGAAGCAGAUUCUGGAGACCACCUACUAGUGGUCAGUUCACUCGACGUUAUGAGGAUCUCGAGUCGCAUCCCUUUUCUUUUGUUCCGAUCGCAGACAUCUGUGGAGCUGCGCCCGCGCCAAUCGAGAGUACAUCCACUCCCUACAAGCUCAAUGCAACCGUCCAUCACCCUGGGGGUGGACUCUCUCACACGCUUCAAGAGUCUGCGAACAGUGCGCCAUCUGCCCUUGCAAACUCACUGCAGGCUUUGAAAUCUGCAGGCCAGAACGCGGUGCCUCUCUCGGCGCGCAGAGCAUCAGCUCGAGCAGGCAUGCGCUCAGCUGCUGUACCUGUCCACAUUCGCUCCACCCAACCCUGUGAGAGCAUCCAGAGACAAUCCAGCCAGAGUCCUGACAUCGGCACAACGCGAACAUCGGAACUCUUCGAGAGUUUCCCGUCUCCGCCGGAGCAAAAGCCCAAUCAACAACGAGCCCAGCCACAGAAGCGAUCUUCCUGGUCUCUGUUUCCCGCGCCUGGUCGGAGCAAGGUUUCCGAACAAGUUCAGAUGAAAUCGAGGAGGCAACACGCUGCGACAAACUCCAACGAGUCCGAAACGUCAAACGUUGCUGUGCGAGGCGAAAGUCGGGCGAGAUAUCGGCAUUCUGGAACCCCUAUUUAUGAUCCGGACAGCGUUUCUUUGCAUUCUAUUGACCAAGCAGGAGAAUCCAUGGCUGAAGGUAGCAGACUGGAUCUAGACAGAUCGAUCGACGAGCCGCAGCGCCGCACAGAGAGCCAACGUGCGGUAUCGAAUGGGGCACUACGGUUUAGCACAAGGCUUGGUGCAAUCGCUCAAGGCAGCCCAGUCAUGUGCGCGCAGCUACAGGGCACUGAGAACCGGAAAGCCAUCUUUAGAAAUGCUGAUGAGCCUCGUCAACUUUGUAAGCAUAAGCUCACAAAGCUACGUUCGUUGCAAAAGAAGCAUCCGCACUUGGCGCCCAAUGCAUAUGAUACAACAGCGUAUGUCGACGGCACUUCGACUCCUGUUCCAGCACCAUUGAUAUCAGCUCAGGACUACGCUUUGGUUGGCCCGUCAAUAUCCACACAAGCUAGAGCUUCGAUAGCCCCUGUGCAACACAUUGACCGACUACCGACGACAACUACUUUUGCGACGGCACCAAAUGGUGCCACAACGUUUACUACAAUCCCCACUUCGGGUCCACGUGGACGGUCUAUUGCUCUUCCAAGCGCUCGAACCUCAUUGACAAUGCCCGGGCGUGCCUAG